GGCCAUUUAACUAACCAACACCCAUGGUUCUGUUUGAACCAACGUUUUGCGUGCAGCUAGCCUGAUAGCAGCAGAUAUGGAGGUUGACCCUAACAUCGUGGCCAUUUUCGGUCCACCGCCGAAAGGGCUGGAUCUUGAGAAGAAUGUUAUCACGACUUACAAUGUUGUUGUCUGCGUUGUUCUUGGCAUUGCCGUCACAGUUGUCGCAUUACGAUUUUAUGUGAGGAAUAUGAAGUCGGCGAACAUCGAGAUGGACGAUUGGGCCGUGUUGGUCAGUCUGGUUUGCGCUUCGGCGACUGUUGCGAUGACGAUAUUGGCUGGAGAGCAUGGCUCGGGGGCUCAUGUCUGGUCAAUCAAGCUUACCACUCUCGUCAACGUCUUCAAGAUCGUCUACGCCGAACCCUUCGUAUACGCCCUCGCCGUCACAUCCGUCAAAAUCAGCAUCCUCCUCCUGUACCGUCGCCUCUUCCCCCUCGGCAUCGACAAAAACCGACUCUAUACAAUAAUGUUCUGGAUAGCGACUUUUCUGACAACCGUGUACCCAUUCAUCCUUUGGAUCACCAUGCCUUUCGCCUGUCGACCCGUCAGUCAUUUCUGGAACCAAUAUCUCGGCGCUAAGGGCAAAUGCAUCGAAGUAAAGCUAUUCUUCCUUGUUCUUGGAAUCAUGAACAUGAUGAAUGAUAUUAUCAUAUUGACUGUUCCGAUACCGAGAAUUUGGACACUUCAUAUGAAUAACAAGACCAAGAUUUCCAUCAUUUGCAUUAUGCUCCUUGGAAGUUUUGUCUGCGUCGCUAGUAUCGCGCGCAUUUACUACCUCUGGGGCUUCUUCCAAAACCUCGAUGCAACAUGGUGGAUGGGCCCGUCAUUCGCCUGGUCCAGUCUCGAGCCCUCCGUCGCAGUUAUCUCCGCCUGUCUUCCCACGCUAGCACCUUUGUUCCGCAUCAAGCGCAUCAAUUCGACUUCACGCGGUACACCAUCAGGACCGACCGACCUAUCCAAAUCUGGAUCGAAGCACUUCCAACUCUUCAGUGUGAAUAGAAACAAAGGCAAUGCUUUCGGCAGUGAUGACGAUGAAGUAGAGUUGACAUACGAUGUUGGAAGGGGAGGGACUGGUGAUGGGUCGAUCUGGAAGAACCAAGGGGGUUCGGCUGCUGAGCAAGGUAUUGUCGUACAGACUCAAGUUUCAGUGACACAUCAAGACAGGAAGGGCCGUACCAGCACUGAUUAG